UAAUUGUCCUUCACCCCUCCCCCAAAUUAGAAUAUUAAUAAGCUCUUCUUAGCUUCUCGCUAUUUCUGUCUUCGAAUCCAUUCCGUUCUUUCCUUCCUUCUCUGUCCAUCUAAUUGAACCUGUUAAAAAGCAUAAUUAGCAUUUAAAUCUCACCCACACUGUCUCCCUCACUCUCUCUCCCUUGGUCUCUACAUGUCUCUGUCGCUAAGGCAACCAAUGCUUUUUCCCUCUCUCUCUGCCUCUUUCCCUCACUCCCUCCUUUUGCACUGAGAGGUAGGCAUGUUCCCUGAUCUCAUUCUGUGUGUGUGUGUGUGUGUGUGUGUGUGUGUGUAUGUGGGGGGUAUACGCCCCUCUUCACGUGUGAGGAAAUCUAAAAAGACAUAAGCCUGCCUGAUGCCUGGUGUGUGUUUCCCACGGUAAUCAUUUAAUUUCCAGAUGUGAUCACGGGUGCAUGUGCGUUCACUUCGCUGUAAUUUCCAAGUGAGUUCGUCCUGUGCCGUGCUUCGAGCUCUUGCGCGCAAAUUUCUUUACUAUAGCAAGACUGUUUAUGUUUUUGAAAUCUGUCAUCGUCCAGAAAGCCCUGGCGCCCUCCCUCUGUCUCGUUUAAGGAAGAUGAUUAGUGAAGCAGCGGUUCUGUAAGCAGCCGAAGCAAUGGAGAGAUGGUAAGACGGCGUGAGAGAGACUCGAAAGACUGCUCCAGCUCUCCUGUUACACGUCUGGCCGCCCUCUGUUGCCUCCUGGUCGCGUCGACACGCCAUGUGUCGUGUGAGGGGGGUGAGAGGAAGGAGGAAAAGAGAGAAGGCGACGCGGAGCAGAUGGAGGAGAUGCAGAUAGGCCCGUUCUCGCCUCAUCUGUCCAUCACCAGUCAAGCCACACCCACGCCACUCUGGGCGGUCAUCUGGGGACCGACCCACACCUUUGAGGAUGAGACACCACAUUACCCCUCAGCCCAGGAGACAAGCGGCCAUCGGCCGGCGACAGAGGCUUGGGAGCUGCAUCAGAGCCCACCGACCACACAAACGCAGCAGCUCCUACAGGGCGAGAGGGAGGAUGUGGGGCACGAGGAGGGACAGGGGGAGCUGGGCAGUGGGGUGGAGGAAGUUGAUCCACAGUUUUACGUCACUGUGACCAUCUCCUCGCUCUUAAUUCUGACUGCGGUCAUCAUAACUGCAAAACUCUGCUACGACCGCAGCUGCUCGCAGACCCCUCCCCCACUGUCCCGGGGGGUGGCGCCCCCGCUUUCGCUGGCCCUCCCGCGAUCCCUCACUCCCGAGGACAGCAGGCAGACACUGCACAGCAUCCCAUCCUUUGGUGACAGGGAGAGGUGAGAGACUGACAGCCGGAUUCCCGUGGUGAACCUCUGAACGCAACUGUUGAUCCUAUUUCUACUGGACACAAGACGUUCAAGGUGUGACUUUUUCAGCCGUGAAAUGUAAUUUCAGAUAUCUAGCCCUUUAUACCCCCCAUGAGACCCAUGUGUGUAGCCUCUCCCCUCACCCCCGUUUCACGUGGUUCUGUUGUGCGCCAUGUUGUAGCUUCACUGUUAGGAUAUGCUGUUGUGUAUACCAGUGUAGCUCGUUGAAUCUACAAAAAAUUCAGCUGACUCCCGAUCGCGCAGGGCGAAACCGCCAACCUCUCAGACAGAGACAUCGUUUACCUCUAGUAAUGCAUUAUUCAGUAGCGGCCCCCUGUGCCGUACCGUGGGAUACUCUGUAGCAGUAUGAGAUGUACCCACAAUCCCCAGAGAGUAAUCUACAGCUAAAGGGUUUUGACAAUUAUAACCAGUUAAUCAAUCCGAGUGUAAGUGUUGCCGUGGUAUCCAGUGCAACCUGUGUCAUAUGGCGUGCCGUGAAUGCUGGGAAGGCGCGGUAAGAUGGCCAAGGAGACAAUAAAAUCCAGUCUGUGUUUUAAGA